GAUAAGAAGAAUGUAGCGUCCCCUGAGGCUCUGCUGGCAAUGAUGCUUGCGUGUCUGCAGAGCAAAGAGGCAGAGAGCCUGAACAAUUCGUUUGGCCCUUUUCUUGUGCUUGGCAGCCUGAUCAGAUGCCAAUGCGAUCCCAUAUCUCCCCAUAUCUGAUAGGGAAAAUAAAAUCUCUCCGCGUCUGCUGCACUACCGGCUGGUGGUUGUGCUCGCCAGCGCGGUUGAAUCCCAUCUCACCUCCCCUCAUCUGCCGUCGUCCGGUGACUGACAGGACGAGGCUCCUUUUCCGCACCAGCAGCGCCCUCUCCACUUGAUGAUGGCCUGGCCUGCUAGCUCGAGAAGAAGAAAUGGGCAAGCAGUGGCAAUGAGAUGGAUGUUCUUGGUUUAGCAGUUCUUGGUCGUUGCCUGAAUCCUGCACAUUUUACUACUACAGUUGUGAGCCAGAAUCGCACAGAUCUGCCUGAAUUCUUCUUCUGAAUAUCCACAGCAAUGCGAAAUUGGACCUGCGGAAAAGGAAUGGGCAACUGAUUGGCCAUGAACAGUCCAAGGGCGUUUGCUGUAAUCUGCUCGCGUCCAAAUUAAUCCAGGAGGAUGAGAGUGUGAGACUGACACAUGCACAGGGAUCACGCCAGGUAUAUAAACACGCAAGUGGCCCACCCACCGGCGACGGCUUCGAUCCGAGAACAAUCCGUCGUCCGAGUUGGCAUCUUUGGCCAGACCAGUAUCAUUGCCCAAUCACGGAUCUCUCGGAUCUCUCCCUCCUCUUUCUAAUCUCUCUCUCUCUCUCUCUCACACACACAUUUCCCACUACCUGCUCCUGCUUCUUGCCUGUUCGGUGUGCGCUGCGCGAGGUGAGGAGCGGAGCAGGGAGGUGAAGGGGAUGAAGGAGGAGAUGAUGGUCGGCCUGUCGGCGCCGGAGCCGGUGGGGAGGUGGGGCGCCGCGCCGCCGCAGGCGAUGCUGGAGAGGAUGAAGGACUACGGCCAGGAGGGCGCCUUCGCGCUCUGGGACGAUCUCUCGCCCGAGGACCAGGAGCUCCUCGUCCGGGACAUCGAGAGCCUAGACCUCUCAAGGAUCGAUCGGAUCAUCCGGCGCUCCCUUGGAUCACAAGGCAUCCCAUUGCCUGCUGUCGAGCCCGUGCCGGAAUCUAGUGUCUCCAAGGUGGAGGGCAGGUCUGCAGAGGACAAAGAAAGAUGGUGGAAGAAGGGGUUGAAAGCCAUCUCGGAGGGGAAGCUGGCCGUUGUCCUUUUGGCCGGUGGUCAGGGUACUCGACUGGGAAGCUCAGAUCCUAAGGGAUGUUUCAAUAUCGGACUUCCAUCAGGAAAGUCACUUUUCCAGCUCCAAGCUGAAAGGAUUCUGUGCGUUCAAAAGCUGGCUGCUCAAUCUAGCGAAAGCCCGAGUAACACUGUGCCGAUCCACUGGUACAUAAUGACAAGCCCCUUUACAGAUGCUGCCACCGCCAAAUUCUUUGAAACCCGUAGAUAUUUUGGCUUAGACCCUGACCAAGUGACAUUUUUCCAACAAGGCACACUUCCAUGCGUUUCUGCCGAUGGUAGAUUUAUUAUGGAGACACCAUAUAGGGUAGCAAAGGCUCCUGAUGGCAACGGUGGAGUUUAUGCUGCACUGAAGUCCAAGAAGUUGAUGGAAGAUAUGGCCGCGCGGGGUGUGAAAUACGUAGAUUGCUACGGAGUUGACAACGCGCUGGUUCGAGUUGCAGAUCCUACGUUCUUAGGGUACUUCAUUGACAAGGGCGCAUCUUCUGCCGCCAAAGUGGUUAGGAAGGCUUAUCCGCAAGAGAACGUUGGGGUGUUCGUUCAACGAGGCCGUGGUGGACCGCUCUCGGUGGUUGAGUACAGCGAAAUGGAUGCGGCUAUGGCUACCGAAAUGAAUCAGUCGACAGGGCGACUCCGUUACUGUUGGAGCAACAUCUGCCUGCACAUGUUCACUCUGGACUUCUUGAACCAAGUGGCAAACAGCCUUGAGAAGGACAGUGUAUACCAUCUAGCUGAGAAGAAGAUCCCUUCCAUCCAUGGGUUCACGACGGGCCUGAAGCUUGAACAGUUUAUAUUCGACGCCUUCACAUACUCCCCGUCCACGGCACUUUUCGAGGUCAUGCGGGAGGAGGAAUUCGCGCCGGUAAAGAACGCCAGCGGCGCAACGUAUGACACCCCUGAUAGCGCGAAGCUCAUGCUGCUCCGCCUCCACAGCAGAUGGGUAGUCGCUGCUGGCGGCUUCUUGACGCACUCUGUGCCCUUGUAUAUGACAGGCGUCGAAGUUUCUCCGCUCUCCUCCUACGCCGGAGAGAACCUGGAAGCCAUCUGCCGUGGGCGAACGUUCCAUGCGCCGAGCGAGAUCUCGUUUUAGGAGGUAGACCUGUUCAUGGGACUGGAGUAGCAGUUGUGUGAUCAUCUGUAAAACGAGCGUAAAGGAUGGGCAGGCUGUUGUGUACUGCGUGUUGUAGAUGUAACAUCUCGGACGGACACCAAAUUCAUCUCGAGUUUUCUCUCCAUCUCUGUGUUGCUCCCCCGUAGGCUGUAGAUCGUUUCGACAUUUGAGUCACCCUAUUAAAAACAGAAAGACCGUUCGUCCAA